AUGUCAGCUGCCUCUUCUCGUGCAUUCCGAUUGCAUGGUGAAAUCCCAAUGUUGUUGCCUCUUAUUGAUAUGUGCAACCAUAGUUUCAACCCAAAUGCUAGGAUUGUUCAGGAAGGAAGUGUAAACAGCUUAGACAUGUCAGUAAAGGUAAGCUUAGCAGGUCCAGACAGUGUUGAUGGACGCUUGUUAGCUGCUCUAAGGGUGCUUCUUGCGGAUGAUCCAGAGGCUGUGCACAAGCAUGACCUGAAAACACUGAUGUCCCUUGGUGUGCUAGUUCCUUUAGGCCCCGCUAUUGAAGCAUCAGUAUUCCGAACAGUUCUUGCCCUUUGUGCGAUUGCUCUCCAACACUUCCACACAAAGAUAAUGGACGACGAGGCCAUUCUAAGAGGGGGGCUACCUCUUACCACGGAGGUGGCCGUCCAGUUUAGAUUGCAGAAGAAGUUCAUGAUCGUUGACGUGAUGCAGAAUAUCAGCAGGAGAAUCAAGAUGCUAUCCCCACAGAAAUCCACUGCGUAG